GUCGGCAUACUCUACUCACUAGUGGAGGGGAGACAAUUCCACCGUCAGUGCUGGAAAAAGGAGCCCUGGCAACAAGCGAAGGCACUGCCUUCUCAGACCAUUACACCGUACAGGAAUGGUGACAGCAGCCGGAGACAGACAGACGUGGACAGACAGUGCGGAAAUCUCAUACGGGCCUCUGGGACUGCUGGCGGAAGGAUCUGGAACAUUGUGACACGGACUUGGAUUCUUGUCCUCGGCUGAACCAGAGCCCAGAAGUGUCCAAGGUCUGUCUGCUCCUGUGUCUCAGGUGAAGUCCUUGUCGAGACGUAAGCGGUGUGCCAGGACUCCGAUGGGUAUCGCCACGUGCCGCAUCUGAGGCCGACGUCCACGGAACGGAAGGAGUGCGGGGGCCAUCGUUCGUCCACGUCGACAAAAACACACCGCCGUGUCCGCUUCGCCACGGGCUUCUGCAUGGGACCGCGUGCGCUGUCACUGGUUCCCACAGAGGUCCUGGAGGUUUGCACUCGGAGGGAGAUGAUUCCUCACGACGCCCGCCGGUUACCUUCAGACAGCAGGCGCAACCUCGCAAGCUUUCGGCUCAGACCCGCAGCCACCCGGCGCUGAACGCCAGACAGACCCCCUCCCCUCGAGCCAGCGAGCCCAGCGGGUGGGCAAGCACUGUCGAGACAUACACAGACACAAAGAUAACCAGAGCGGGAGAGAGGAAGUGAGGGAACCAAGCGGAGAGGAAGAGUCGAGGACAGAUCGGCGCCGACCAAGCCAGAGGAUGAAGUCGAACCAGGAGCGCAGCAACGAAUGCCUGCCCCCGAAGAAGCGCGAGAUACAGGCGAGUAACCUGCCCUCGGUGGAGAGGCCGCAGGUGGCGGGGCCUGCCAGCGAGAGCCAGCGAGGGGAGAACCUGGCUUGGCUCGCCAGCGUGGCCAGUGGGCACGACAGAGUCGGGCAGCGCACGGGCACACCUCCUGGGUCCGACGGGCCCUUCUACAAGCCCUCGAGCGACUACUCGUCCUCUUCUUCGUCCCACUCCUGCUCCUCCUCGGUUCCCAGGGCGGUGGUGACGUCCCUUCCCGCCGCCUACACCUCGGCCCUCUCGCAACCCGGCGGGACUAUCCAGUACACCCAGCUCCCGCCCAACCUCCACUUCAUCAACUCAUCAUACGCGGGACCCUACGCCGGCUACAUCUCCUCCCAGCUCGUCUCGCCCGCCUCCACUCCGGGCCCACCGCCACCCCGCCCGCACCCGGAGGCCUACGCGGGCGCCGUCAUCACCCAAACCUCCGCCAUCAAGGCCGAGCAGCGCCAGCAGGUUGUCCGCUCCCCGGGCAUCAUGGUGUCAGAGGGGGGACCCCAGUACGUCCACAUCACCGGCUCCUCGCCCCUCAGCGUGACGUCGCAGACCGUGACCUCGCCCCAUGCCCACGCCCACCUCCCCCUGCACCUCCACUCGCACCCGGGUCUCCUCCCGCAGGCACUGGCCCUUGGGGGCCCCUCGCAGGUCCUGGUUCAGUACUCGCCUCAGGACAGGUUGUCCAAGAAGGAGGACGGGCGUGGUAGGGAGCUGCUGAAUGGGGAGCUGGAGACGGGCCGGCACUACCGUAUGUCGCCGGAGAGCAUUCUGGGAAAGCAAGGUGCGGGGGCCAAGGUGGGGUCAGGCCAGCACCCCCAUCACCACCACCACCACCAGCAGCAGCACCACCAGCAGCAGCACCACUAUGAGGCUCGGCCGAUGAUGAUCCCCGCUGAACACACGCAGGACACCUCAGGGCUUCGAACGUCGCUGAUGCUGGCCCCCAACAGCCACGGCGACCCGGGGAGUGGCCCAGACAAGCCCCCGCCCCCCGCCGUCACCGCCGGCGACAAGGGCGGGAUCUGCUUGGGCAAGCCGGUCUCCCGGGCGUCUCCCUUCGCCUUCCCCGCCCCCCAGCCGUGUUCGACAGUCACCACUCUGUCGCCCCACAGUGUCAUCCAGACCACUCACAGCGCGACCGAGCAGGUAUCCGUGGGCCUUCCCUCCACUGGCUUCUACCCCUCCGCCGGCCAGCCGCCCAUCAUCGGCUACAUCGCGGGGGGGCAGCAGCCGCCGCUAGGUUACCCUGCUGGCCUCGCGCCGCAGCUGGUCAUCCCCGGCAGCCAGCCAAUGAUCAUCCCCAUGACCGCCGGGGACCCCACCCACACCUCCGCCGCCACCCAACAGCUGGUCACGGCCGCCGCCGUCGGCAAAUGCGAACCUUUCCAGGGGGCGGGGCCUUACCACACGGCCGCCGUGGUGCAGGCGCAACUCCACCUGCCCGUCGUCCCCGGCAACGGAGCCCUGGCCUCGGCUCCGUCCCCCUCCGUCCCUGCGCUACCGCCCUACUUCAUGAAGGGCUCCAUCAUCCAGCUGGCGGACGGGGAGCUGAAGCGGGUGGAGGACCUGCGGACGGAGGACUUCCUGCAGAGCGCCGAGAUCAGCGGCGAGCUGAAGAUCGACUCCAGCACGGUGGAGCGCGUCGACGGCAGCCCCACGCCCAACCACGCCAUCAUACAGUUCUCUGUGGGGGAGCACCGAGCACAGGUUAGCGUGGAGGUGCUGGUGGAGUACCCUUUCUUUGUGUUCGGGAAGGGCUGGUCAUCCUGCUGCCCGGACAGGACCACCCAGCUGUUCGAGCUGCCUUGCUCCAAGCUGUCUGUGGGCGAUGUCUGCAUCUCCCUCACCCUCAAGAACCUGAGGAACGGCUCCAAGAAGGCCCAGGCCCUGGACGUCAUCGGGGGCAACAGCGGCCUCUUCUUGAAGCCCUCUAAAGUGGUCCGAGGGGGGCACUGCACAGAGCAGGAGAAUGGGCUAGGGCAACGGCCGGGGGCCAGGGGGAGCGGGGGUGUUGCACAGGCCGAAAACGGGGAACUAAGCCUCGGGGAAAAGUUGGAGUCUCCUAAGACAGAAGCCGGAACGGCGGGCAAACCGACGGGCCGCAAGAGGAGGUGGUCAGCUCCGGAGAGCCGGAAGGUGGAGAAGGUGGAGGAGGAACCUCCUUUGACUCUGCCUAAGCCCUCCUUCAUCCCUCAGGAGGUUAAGAUUUGCAUCGAAGGCAGGUCGAAUAUAGGCAAGUGAAGACCGGAACGUUCAUGACGGGGAUUUAAAAAUUGAAUGAGAAACGACCCUCACCAGGUUUAUUUUCUUUUCAUUUUGUUUUGAAUUUUUAUUUUUUUUUGUUCUCAAUACGGAUUACUGUACUGUAGGCUAAUAUUACCCAGUAUUGUCAUGUUAUCAUCUUACUUUAGAGGGACAGGUAUAUAUUGCUAAGCAUCGGGAGCCUGAGCACUGCUUGACUCUACCGGGUGAUGUGAGCAGAAGGGGGUGUAGUUUCUCACUUAUAAACCACACAGAGGUGUCCCGUUUAAAGGUGGGGGCGAGGAAACCAUGACACGCAUGGAUUCAGGGAGCUGAAAAAAGGAGGAACGAGCAAGAAGGUGGCCGAAAAUGAGCAGAUCCGAAAUGUCACCGAGAGACGCCGGCAGAGGUUGCGUCAGUCACUCGCACGGUCAUGUGACCAAGUACAGACAGGGAGUGCGUGUCACCACUCCGCCUCGGAAAACCCCCCCGGGGCGGUUCUGUUUGGCUGGGGCGAACUCCUCCGCUGCUGGUUUCCACGGCAGCAUGGCCAGGCGGGAAGGGGGGGUGUGAUGUGGUGUCAGCCAUCCCAUGUGUGGUUUUUUUUUCCAAUGAGGUGUUAGCGGUUCCUCUUCUGUUAUGUCUUAUAGACGCCGUAACUCUUGUGGGGGCUCGGAGCUCAGAUUUAGAUGCCGUCGACGACUCACACACACACCGCUUUAGUUGAGAUUUAAAACGCGGAAUGUAAACUCGAAGGUGUGGGUAGCGUGCGGGCAGACCUGGUCUGACAGGAAAGGCACGCUCGAACGCUGCUACGCUGACCCGAGUUCACUGCAGGUGACACGCGAAGAAGUGUUUCGGUCGGGAGGGGAUCCCGCAUGCGGACGGCCUGGUGUUGGAGGCAGAAAGUCACUUUAAAGGGAACUUAAGACCCAAUGUGAUUGUUAUCAAUUAUCUUUUUAGGUGCAAUAUGUUUACAUGACUUUUUUUGUUAAUGUGCUAAGACUGACCACUCACCCCAGAUCAGUGCACUCUGGUGCUUUGUGAGAGAGGAGGCUCUUUCCAAGCGCUUAUUUUUUACCUCUUUGCAUCCUUUCCUAGCUCCUUAGAUCCACCCGACGGAGGACCCAAGGGAAGGAUGUGAGGACGGAGGAAUCAAGGAAACAUGUAGGCCUGUCAGUUAGCAUCAGUUUGAAGCCGUGGCAGAGGGGGUGUAGUGGAUCCAGUUUGAUCAUUUAUACAUCACACGUUCCCCCCAAAAAAACCUUCCAUGUUUCCUUGCUCUUUCAAAGAACCAUUUAACGGGUUGGAAUGUCCUUUAGGUUGUUAGACCUCAAUCGAUUUCCGUGUCACUCGACAGAUGUGAGGAGGAUGGAUAAAAUAAGCGAUUGGAAUGAGCCCAGGGUGUUGUUGCAAGCACACUUUGGAGAUGUGUACAGAGAGGGCGAAUCCUCUGAGUAUGUCAGAGAUAUUCUGAGUUUGGUAGAUUAAACGUAGGGUUACCCGCAAGACUUGCAACUGAAAAUGCAAGCCAGCAGAAUAAAAAACAAAUUGUGCUGGGCAGGAGAAAGAAAAGUAGCUUUUGGGGUGUAAGGCUUUUGGAAACUGUCACCAUGUGAACAGGCAGAAAAUUUAACGUCCCCCCCCUUCCUCCUUCUCAGGGGCAGGACUGAAGGGGGGACCUUUGGGGAAACACGCUUGCUUUCCCAGUUUCUCCCUUUCAGUCAAAUAGUCGCCAUUUUGGGGAGAUAAAAUAGGGUAUAACAAAUUCUUGAUUUGAAAGGUAUUUUUCACUGUAUGUCAUUGGUAUGUUAUAUAUUCAAAAUGCGACUUUCAUGGAUGUAAUUGUGAGCUCACGUUGCGGAGUAUGUUCAAACGUACACACAAUUGCGUGCGAAGAAUUGUAUGUAUGAAAAUGCGGUAGAAGUUCUAUAUUUGAAUAUAUGAUGCAUUUCAGAAUGGAUGAAAAAUAUACUUGUAGCACUGUUUUGCAAGAGUAGGACUUUUUUUUUUGGCAUAUGCCAAGGAGUUCACCCAGAAGUACCCGAUACCAGCCUAACAACACGGUGUAAAGUUGUACUGAGACUGUACAGUUGUACUGGCAGGUUUCCUGUGAGGGAAACACACAUCACAGUAAAUCACUCUAACACUGAUGUUACCCUCUUAUUGUUACCUGUACUUUCCUUGUGGUGAAAUGAGUGAGUCGUUAUCCUCUGCGGUAAUUGGCUCCCAGUCAUGUCAGGUGAUCUUAUGAUGUCAUCAAGCAGUGCCAGUCAUCCCAGUAAAAUGAGAGGGAACUGUUUUUUUUAGUAGGCGGACCUGCUUCACAUAUUUAACUCUAGUGCAUUUUAAAACUGUAGUUGUUGUAUUUGUUUGCUUUUUAUUUUUUCUCUCGCUUUCCUUUUAGUUUUUUAAAAAUAUCUUACGUAAUGGGUAAAUUUUGGUGAGAGGAAUGUCUGAUCCAUGAGGUUAGGGGUCACUUGCAGUUACCCAUGGCUGGUAGGAAUAUUGAUAUGCAGAGGUAUGUGUAUAUACGCACACAUGCAGAAACUCACAUGUCCAUGCACGUAUGUGAACGCACACACAAGCACACGCACACAGGCACAUACAGGAACGCACACACACAUACACAAACACUCUGGGUUGACAUCUUUAGCAUGACAGGAGCGAGUGAGUAGAACACGUCUAAAUGCAGUUCACAUCAUCGAGUAUCCAGCGCAACCUCUUGAAAUCAAUUUCCUUCAAAAAAAAAAAAAUGUGUGACGUAAAAUUGGUUGUUGGGAGUCAGGCGACAGUCUCUAAGCACUUAAUUAUUG